AUGAGUCUACUAGUGUGGAACUGUCGCGGGCUUAGGAACCUAGUGACAGAGAAAGAGCUUGGUGAGAUUUCCCAGGCAAAAGAUCCCUCUGUCAUGUUCAUUGCCGAAACAUGGGCAGAUGAAGUAAGGCUAAAAUCUAUAAAACAAAGGUUACAUUUCGAUCACAUGUUUAUGGUCCCUCGGAUUCAUAGAGGUAGGGGACUCGUGCUAUAUUGGAAGGAGUCUAUCAAGCUGAAUGUGGAAACUUCAUCAAAAAACCAUAUUGAUUGUAUCAUAGGGAAGGGAAGUGAAGAUGCGUGGCGGUUUACAGGAUUUUAUGGCGAGCCUAUUACCCAUAGAAGAUUUGAGUCUUGGGAGUUACUGAGACAUUUGAAUAGGCAAUUUGGCUUACCUUGGCUGUGUAGUGGGGACUUUAAUGAGAUUUUGAGAGGAUCGGAGAAGAUGGGAGGGAGUACUAGUAGCCACACACAAAUGCAACUUUUUAGAGACACAAUUGAUGAAUGUGGUUUUUUGGACAUGGGUUACAAGGGUCAUCUGUUCACAUGGAAGAAGUUUUUUAGUGAUGGGAGAACAAUUGUAGAGAGAUUGGAUAGGUGUUUGGCCAAUAACGAGUGGUUGGUUCGAUUUGGGGGUUCUAUGGUGCACCAUUUGACUUGUAGCACCUCGGAUCAUUCACCCUUGUGGAUCUUACCCGAAAAUCUGGUGGUGACUAAUUCAGAGAAGCCAUUCCGGUUUGAAGAGAUGUGGCUGGCGGAGAAAGGGUGUACAGAGACUGUUAAGGCUGAAUGGGGGAAGUGCAGAAACAACACCAAUAAUCCAUCGGGCAUUGUCGGAAAAAUUGAGAAUUGUGGUAAAGCUUUAACAAAGUGGAGCCGCAAUUGCUUUGGUAGUGUCCGAAAAGAAUUGAAGCAUAAACAAAAACUAUUGGCUCAAGCAGAACUGGAAGCUCUUACUACGGGAGUGAAUUUUAGAGCAAGAAUGCUCAAAACCGAGGUUAAUGAUCUUCUUGACAAGGAAACAAGGAUGUGGUUCCAGCGGUCCAGAUCUCUUUGGGCUGUACAUGGAGAAAAAAUUCGAAAUACUUUCACCGGAGGGCAUCCCAAAGGUUGA